GUAAUCUUAAAAGUGAAAAAAAGAAUAUAUUUUCAAAAGAAUUUUUUUGAAAAAUUGUUCUAUAUAAAGUAAAAGUUAUUUUAAAUAUCAAUAUUAAAAAAAGAGCCAAUUUUAUUUAUAGCGUGAAAACUAAAGUGUAUGAAGUGAAAAAUUUGCGAAAAUUUUUUUAUCAAAUGUUUUCUAUAUAUAUAUAUAUUUGCGACGAAUGUAAAGAAUAAAAAUUGAUUAAUAUUUACAAAAUUACGUGCUUUAUCGAAACAAUAUAAAUAAACAUUUAAUGAAGUGGAAACAUUACUUAUGUAAAGAGUGAAAAAACGUAUAUAAUAUAUAACUAUGUCAGUGAAUUUAACCUAAAAAUGAUAUAUUUUUAUUUAUUUUUUAUUAUUUAACCCAGAGAGACAAAUUAUCAAAAAAAAAAUUAAAAAAUGCCUCAUCCAUGUGUAGUUUGUGGUCGUUCACGAAUGAAUCCCAAUAAUCGUGAGGAAGAAUAUAUGUUUUUUGGAUUUCCUGUUAAUGAUGGAGCUCGCUGUGGUAAAUGGUUAGAAUUUUGUUGUCGUGAGGAUCUUUAUAAAUUAACGAAAAAACAACUUCUACAACGUAUGGUAUGUUCAAAACAUUUUGAAAGAAAAGAUUUUCUAAAUGAUUAUUAUGAUCGUUUAAAUUGUACGGCCGUACCAUCUUUAUACGAUCCAAAACAAAGUUUAUACAAUAUAUCAUGUGUAUUGUGUGGUCGUUCACGUAAAGAUCCACCCGAUGAAGAUUACGAUGGUGUGACAUUUCAUCAUUUUCCUGGUGAAGAAUUUCGUUGUCUUGAAUGGCUUGAUUUUGUUGGUGUUGAUUCAUAUUAUAGACUAACAAGAAAAGAAAUUCUAUUUUGUUAUAUAUGUUCAAAACAUUUUGAUACAUCACAAUUUAUGGAAAAUUAUAAAAAUAGACUUAAAGAUCAUGCAGUGCCAAAUAUACGAUUUUCCGAUCAGGAAGGCGAAGAACCAUUUAUUAUGGAAUUAAUUGCCGAACCAAAUGUUGCAAAAGUCAGUGAGAAAUUUAAAAAAUUUGAACCAUUGCCGUCUAUUGUUUUGGAGAGUCAAGCGUGUGCCGCUUGUGGACGAUCGAGAUCCGAUCCAAGGAACAAAAUUGAAAGGUACAAAUUUCAUCCCUUUCCAGCCUAUGAAAUUGGAAGAUGUUUACGUUGGUGUCAAUUUCUUGGUCGUGAGGAUAUUUUAAAAAUGUCACCAAAUCAAAUAAGAAAACUUGUAUUGUGCUCAAAGCAUUUUCAAAUAGGACAAAAUAUUCACAAUAUUGGACCAUGUGACGCGGUACCAACAAUAAAAGAUAUUCACGAUUUAACACCCGAGGAGGCAUUAGAGCAAAUGGAAAUGGAAACUGAUGAUAUUGACGAUGUGUGUAAUAAAAUUGGUAAACGUGGUUCACGUCCAUUGGUAUCGAGUAAAAAACCAAAGAUCGAUAAUAAACCAGCGCCAUUGGCAAAAAAACGUGGUAAAUCAAGAAGGCCAACAUUAAUAAAUAUACCCAAACCAAAACCAUUGAAUUUUGAAACAGAAGAAUUUAUUAAAAAAUUACCAAUACCAGCGUCAACUAAUUGGAAAUUUCAAUUUGGCAAUCAAUUUCAACCAAUAACAAUUGGCAACAAUAUUACGCCAAAUUUACCAAAUAAUAUUUCGACUGAUAUUAAAAAAGUUAUUUUACCAUUUACUGGUGAUAUUUCAAAAUUGGGAGCACCAAUUCCUGUGCAUAGUCUUUCGAGUAUACCGCCUGGUUUACUUAUUAAAAUAAAUCUUCCCGAACAAUCUAAUAAUAAAGUGGGAAAAUCAGGACGUGGACGUGGUCGAGGACGAGGAAGAGGACGAGGUCGUGGUCGUAGUCGUGGUAGAGGAAGAAAAACAACGCAAAGUGAAACGAGACGUGAAAAAAUUAAUAAUUCGAAUAUUGAACAAAUUGAAAAUGUAAUACCUGAAAAUUUUCAACAAUUAAGAACAAUUGAGAAUAUAGAAAAAAUUGAACCAAUAGGAAAAAUAGAACCAGAAGAAAUUGAAUUUGAUGAAGAUUCAAUGAAAAUGUCCGAUUUAUUAUCAUUUGCAACGGAGGAAGUUGUUGAGGAAUUUGUCGAUGGUAAUAUGGAAAUUCACAAUAAUGACGAUGAAGAAGAGGAUGAAGAAGAAGAAGAAGAAGAAGAAGAAGUUACUUUACCAAAUGUUGAGAAUUUUAAUGAAAAUCAAAUACAAAUGAAAAGUGAAAUUAUAUAUGAUGAAUUGAUGGUAGAAGAGGAAGAAAAAAUAAUUCGAACUUCAUUAAAAACACGUCGUACAUUAAUACCAAUUAGAAAUGAACUUUAUUAUUUUCUUCGGAAAUUAAAACCACAAUUGCAAAAAUUGCCGAAAAAUUCACGAGCCAAGGUGAAGCUUGCAAUUGUCAAUAAGGUGAUUGAUUUUUUGUAAAUUUCUUCUCUUUUUUUUUACACUGUAUUGUAUUUUAGUUUUUAUGUUUCACAUAGAAGCAAAGAUUUUGUCAUUUGAAGAUUCAAUUUUUUUUUUAUACGUUAUCUUUUUUAGAGAAAUUUUUUUGGAAAUUCGACGGAACUACUCAAAAGAUUAAGUGUGAAUUAAUUUUAGAAAUUAUGAAAUAUAAAGAUUUUUUAUUUUUAAAAUAAAAUAUUUUCAAAUUAAAUUUUUAAAAUUAGAUACACAAUUUUUUGUUCACUGUUUAUUAUUUAAGAUAAAUUGGGAGUAUACUUAAUUUUUUGAAUAGUACAAAAUUAAUAAUUACAACACAGGACAAUAAAAUUUGAGAAUCAUCAAAAUUUCAUUAGUUUUGUCAAAAUUAACUUGAAUAUACAUAUAGAGAGAGAGGGUGAUUUUAAUAUUCCUUACCACCUAAAAAAAAAAUUUUUUAAGGGGUCCGAAAUAUAAAAAUCACACUAUUUAUAUACAUGAAAAAAAAACGUCGGUGAAGUUUACAAUGUUUUCUUAAAAAAUUUUUCAAAGUUUCUCGAUCAACAAUUUUUAGGAGAAAAAUUUGUGGACAAAAAAUUAAUUAUGAUUUUUAGAGUGAAAAAUAUUUUUAUUUUCAAUCAUUGAUUAUAAACGUUGUGAAUUUCAUCGAAGUUUAAAAAGAAAAAGUAAAAUUUGGUUGUGAAAAUGAUAGAAAAAUUGAGGAUUUUACAAAAAAUGUGUUUGUUAUUGAUUGAGACGGAAAAUUUUGUUAAUCAUUUUUGUAAUGUAUUUUGUGUUGUUUUUCAUUUUUUUUUUUUUAUAUAUACUUUAAUUUUGAAACUUAUUCAAAAGAGGUAAAAAUUUAUGACAUUUAUAUUUUAUACAUCUGAAUUGAUGAUGUAUGUAUAGUUAUAUAUAUAUAAUAUAAUAUAAUAUAAUGUAGUUAAGUGAUAAGUAAAGUUUUAGAACAAAUUAAUAUUCUUAUUGUACAUUUGGAAAUUGUAUAAAAUAAAUAAGACACAGUACUGUUUGCAAAUAUUAAAAUAAAACUAAUAGAUAUAAAUGUUAUAAAAUGAGAAAUUAUUUGGUUUGAAAGUGUAAGUCACAUUGUGUGAUUUUAAUUAUCAUAAUAAUAAUAAUUAUUAUUAUUAAUGUUAAUAAUCCUUCCAAUAUUUCUUUAUCAAAAAUGUGAUUUAUACUAUUAAACUGAAUGACUUUUCAAAAAAAUUGUUUUACGAAUUCUGAAUAAAUUUUUGAUUAAUAAAUAAUAAA